GAUUCCGAAGCACAGAAUGGCACGUGCACGAAAAAAACCGUGGAUGCAGAUGGUGCUGGGCCGAUCCUUCCUGUUGAUAAUACUGCUGGCGUCCAUCAGCAGCAACAGUCGCGUUUUGGCGUACACCGACCACGUCAAGGAUGAUCAUCUGGAGGGACCGAACGUUUGCAAGGAAGUGGAUAACAUCCCCAUCACGAUAACGACACCGAGAGAGGAAGCGUACCAGGAACGGUACCAGAAAUGGUGUCUCGGCAUACCGCCCCGCUGUUCGGCGUAUCGCAUCAAGAUCCGAACCGUGAACGAAACGCAAACAAUCAUCAAGCAACGCAUCGUAAAGAAAUGCUGCGUCGGCUAUCAGCUGGACGAGAGUAAAAGCCACUGCGUACCGGAAUGUAAGUCGGGCUGCGUCAAUGGCACCUGCGUCAAUCCGGAUGUGUGCCGCUGUAACAAAGGGUUUGCUGGCAAAACCUGUAAUAUUAGCUGUCCGCCGAAUGUAUGGGGAUCGGAUUGUAAACAACCGUGCAAGUGUCGGAACGGUUCCGUAUGCAACGCCGCGGAUGGGAGCUGUGAGUGUAACCGUGGCUUCAAGGGCCGCUACUGUGAGGAAACGUGCCCGAGCGAUCGGUUCGGGCAGAACUGUGUCGAAAUUUGCCAGUGUGAAAACGGUGGCAAGUGUGACAAUGUGUCCGGGGAAUGUUACUGCGCGCCAGGAUUUACCGGACCACUCUGCACGGAACCAUGCCCCGCCGGUACGCACGGGAAGCAGUGCCAGUCGAAAUGUCGCUGCCAGAACGGUGGUACGUGCGAUCCAGUGACGGGUGAGUGUAUAUGUCCGGCCGGUUACACCGGUACGGUGUGUGCGAACCGCUGCCAGCCCGGCUUGUACGGGCUGGAGUGCGCGAACCGUUGCGAAUGCUUCAACGGUGCCGACUGUGAUCGGGUGACGGGCCAGUGCAUCUGUGCGCCCGGGUUCAUGGGUACGAAGUGUCUCGACUCCUGUACGAACAAUCAGUACGGUAUCAACUGCACGGAGACGUGCCGCUGCUUGAACGAGGCGCUGUGCGAUUCGUCCGACGGUAAAUGUACGUGCCCGGACGGAUGGACCGGGGCGGACUGUGGCGAACGGAUCUGUCCCAUCGAUCGGUACGGGGCCAACUGUACCGGCAUCUGUGACUGCAAGUGGAGCAACACAAAAAUGUGCCAUCCAUGGACCGGGAAAUGUUUAUGCGAACCCGGCUGGAGCAAUAGUGCCUGCGAUAGACCUUGCCGCUUCCUGCGCUACGGGCAGGACUGUCAGCUGACCUGCAACUGCAAGAAUUCCUCUCCAUGUUCACACAUUGACGGAACGUGCUUGUGUAUAUCCGGAUUUAAGGGCGAAAGCUGCGAAGAACCUUGCUCUAACAACAUGUACGGUCAGAACUGUAGCGAACGGUGCCAGUGCAUGAAUGGGGCCACCUGCGAUGGUGAUACGGGUAAAUGCAAUUGCGCACCCGGCUGGCAGGGCAUCAAGUGCGAUAGGCCGUGCGACGCUGAGCAUUAUGGGCGCGAUUGUACGGAAAAGUGUCUCUGCCACAACGGUGGUGUGUGCAAUCCGAUUAACGGGCAGUGCACGUGCCCGGCUGGAUGGACGGGCGAACUGUGCGAGAACAAGUGUACACCGGGUCGGUUUGGGCAAAACUGUCAACAGUUGUGCGAUUGCCAUCUGGACAAUAUUUUGGCGUGUAACGCAACGACCGGACGCUGUAUUUGCAAGCGCGAGUGGGGCGGUGUCCGCUGUGAAAGUCGCUGCCCGCUAGGAUACUACGGUGAAAGCUGUAGCGAAAUUUGCACCUGCCACAACAAUUCGUCCUGCGAUCCGACCACCGGUGCGUGUAUCUGUUCGCGCGGUUGGACCGGGCCCGCGUGUAACGAACCCUGCCCGAAGGGUUUCUUCGGGCACGGUUGCAUGGAACGGUGCGCCGGCUCGCCGGAAACCAAUCGCACCUGCAACCCAAUCACCGGCCAGUACGCCUGUUCGCCGGGCUAUAUCGGGCUGACCUGCGAGCAUCCCUGCUCGUCCGGAUAUUACGGGCAGGACUGCGCGAAGGCAUGCGACUGUAAGAAUGGUGGCGAAUGUAACCACGUCACCGGCGAAUGCCAGUGCACACCGGGCUGGAUGGGUUUGAACUGUACGAAGGCGUGCGAUGACAUGUACUACGGUACGAACUGCAGCCAGCGCUGCAACUGCCACAAUAAUGCCGAUUGCCGUAAGAACGAUGGCGCCUGCAUUUGUAAGGCCGGUUGGAUGGGACACCGGUGCGAGGAGGUGUGUCCGGAAGGGUUCUACGGUAAUCAUUGCAUGUUUACCUGCCAGUGUCCGUCCGGCAACUAUGUGUGCCACGCGGCGAAGGGAUGCGUGUGUAUGGUGGGCUGGACCGGCAAGAACUGUGACGAACGUAUGACGAAUAAGCUUACUCAGGAGAUCGAAUCAGGCUCCACCAGCUUUUCCGUAUUGGCGGUCAUACUGACGGUCCUGUUCCUGUGCAUAUUUGCCGUGAUGCUGCUCUACUACCGGCGUCGCGUCGCUAAUUUAAAGGCGGAAGUAAACCACGUCGUAAACUACAUGACACAGGAGCAACCGAGCCAUUUCGACAAUCCCGUGUACGCCCGUACGGGUGGUGCGAACGGAGGACUGGCAAAUGGUACACUUUCGCCGAACGGAACCAUCGUACCGCCGCUAAAUGCUCGCACCGGUCUGCUGCCGAAAAAUAUAUGCAAUGCCAUGUCCGCGCGUCUUAGACCAAAACAGGACAAGUACAGCUACCCGGACAACGAGUACGGUGUGGAUAAAUCGUACUCCAUUUCACACUACGGUGCGGACAGUUUGAAAAAUUACGAAGCGGACCUAACCAACCCGAACCUGGACCAUGUUUAUGAUGAGAUUAAGUCAAAGGAAUCUUAUGCCCUUGAUGCCGAUCACUACGACCAUCUGGAUUAUUCUCGCCCGGGAAGUUCACACAAGGCGCACUAUUUCCAUAUGCCCGAUGGUAACACCAACCGAAACAUUCCCGGAUCUCCUAACGGUACGCUGAUCGGUGGACCCAUAGCCGGUACAUCCGGUGGUGGUUCACCGAAGGCACUUAAUGUGCUGCGUGAGGCAACGGGCGGGUCUAGCAAUGGCGGUGGCCCCAUCAACAAUCUGUCCGCACCGACCAGGAUGAUGAACAAUUUGCUGCCGGCCGUACCGUCCGUGAUUGAGGCGAAGUGUAGCAACACCGACUCGCCGAACCACGGUAACGAUCUUUCCUCGUCCUCGAACUCAUCCCCAACGCCACCAUCAUUACCACCUUCACCGUCCCAGCAACGUCAGCGGCUCGUACCGAGCGGAGACGAUCUCUACGUGCCCAUGACGGCGGGCGGCUGCGAACCCGGCCCGUCCGGUUCGUCCUCCGAUUCGUCCGAGUUUGGUGGGCUAAACAUACCCAAUCAUCAGCUCAACAUCAAGGAGUAGAAAAACCAAGCUCCCUUCUAGGCCAUCCCGUGCCGCGCUCGGGCCACGUGAAAUCCCUUUUGAGAUACACGCCGGGUGCGCUGUGUUAGCCGUUUUGCCGUGGCUGUUUUGCCCACAAGUUGGCAUUGCAUUUUUGUGUGAUAUAUCUCCCAUGUCCCGUAUGUGUCCCAUCCCCCUCCCCCCCCCUCCCCCUUCGUUUCAGUUCCUUUUCAGUUCGUUCAUUAGUGCCCUUCCCGCCUGCUUCAUCCAUUUCCUUCCUUCAGCCAUUUGUAGUUGUGUAAGGUGUUCAACGGUGUCGGUGUUUUCAUUCCCGCGUUCACUAUCCGUUUACUUUUAGGUGUUUAACUGUUUUUAGGUGAGCCUGUUUCAUCACACCUAUUGCGUCCCAUAGCGUGUGCCUACCCGGCGCGUGUGUGUGUGGAUGUGUGUAUUUAUAGAAUUGUAAUUGUGAUGAAACAAAUGGAAGAAUACACGUUUGCAACGACGGCACAUGGCGAAGAAGGGCGUAGUGCGUACAUCAAACCACGUGCCAAAAUGUAGCGAAGUGAAGAAGCGCAAUCGAAGUUGAACGAAAAAAAAAAGAAACAGUCCGCAAGGCGUAAGCGCGAAUUAGAGUGUAUCAAAACUAAGCAUUAUUGAAUCUCAGCCUGAGCGCGAACAGGAGCAAUUCUAUUAUCGAGCCUUUGCAACUUGGUGUCGCAAGGAGCAAACGCAUCGUACCACGCGGAGCGAUGGGUUAGAAAAGAGCGACCCAGAACUGAUUUUAAUCUUGUUUGUUUAUUUUUGCGAGUGUAUGUGUUUUGUGUGUUUUUCUUUAAAUUCCAAUUCUUCACAACGAUAUCAUGCGUGUAGAUGUGGAACCGUUAGUGUUUCAUAGUAAGAGUGUAGAGAAAUACAUUGUUUUAAUUCGUUUUUGUAUUAACGCAAUAAGGUAUGAUCCUUGAUACGAUUUAUGUUGUCAGCAACUGCCACUAUUUCGAGGGUUUGAUUGGGAAUCUUUCCCGCUAGGUUCCGUCUGUCGCGUAUGCAAUUGCUAUCUUCAUAACUGUUUUCCUAUAAGAAAUGGUUAGGUGAAAAGCUAGAAGUAGCAGUAUAAGUUACUAUGAGAGGGACAAGGAAAACGUUUCCUGUUUUGUUUGUUCGGAUGGAGGUAGCGUCAAUUAUAUUACAACAAAGCACGAUUUCAAAUCCCUUUUAUUGUAAGUACCGGUUUUCAUUACAUAAAUUAUCUCUGAAUGAUCACAAUUCAAGGAAAUUCGAUGAAUUGUUACCUUGUAUGUGCACUAUGUAAUUAAAUUUCAUAGGAUUUCGUCGAUCUUUACUGCUCUUCUCAUCGUUUUCGGCGCAUCCAUUCGCUGCAUGGCUAAUAAAUGCACGGGUGACAUUUAAAUUAGUUUAAUGAAAAUAUUGCAAUCAUAUAAAGCAGCAAAUCGUUUGACAAUGAAAAUCAUUAGAGCAAAAUGAAACAUUUCUCCCCGAACUAUAGCUGUAGCUUUUUGUAAAGUCAAGGACGAACAUAAGUAAUGCAUUUGAAGUGAGAAAACCGUAAACGAAAAGUGCAAAAAAAAAAAUACACAAACACACACAAAACACGGUAAGCAAUUUGAUAGAAUACAAAAGUUUUCGAUAAGAUUAUUUUCUAGAAGAAAAAUAAAACAAUACAAGGAAAAAGGAUAAAUAAUGUUCAGGAGAAACGGAAGGGAACUGUGAAACAUUCAUAUUUAACGAGCGCUCGAUUCGAUUCGAUCGUGAAGGCGAAGAGAUGGAAAACAGAUUCUCUGCUUUUUUUUCUGUACUACAAAUUUCUAAUCAUGUUAAUGUGUUAAGCUAAGCGUUAAGGUUAUCUUUAAAUAUGUGAAUGGCGUGUGGCAUGUAAAAAUCGAACUGGAUUGAAUAUUGAACAAUAAACGAAAUUAGAUGAAUUACUAUUUACUG